UUCUAACCGUCAGAUAACAGCGUAGGCUUCGAAAGUACUUCCGAUAUUAAAAUAGAACCUGUUUUGUGUUCUGCUUUACUGCUGUCUCAGCAGUACCGAUCUAAGCUCCGGAAGGACUAAGUGCAAGACACUUGUUAGAAAAACGUAAUGUAAUUAAUCGAAGGGAUCCAAACGUCAGACAGGGUCUUUCACUUGCCAGUUUCAGAGAAGAGAGAAAAAGACGAAUUUAUCUUAUUCAUUUUCAUGACUUCCUUGAUCCAGAGUUUAAAUUGAAUCGACUUAUAUUGGAGAUCCAUAUUCCUUGUAUUCAUUGCAAAGCUAAUGUGAAUAUCGACCGACAACUCGCACAGUUAAGUCUGAAUCGAUUCAGUGCAUAGCUUUUCUGAGAAAUUUAUCAGAGCAGUUUGGCGAAGCGCUGCCGCAGUACGCGGGCUUAUGUAGAGGGAAUAGCGUAUCUAACCAUUUGUUUCAAACCGAAGGUGUUGGGUGAAUAUUGGAAGAAAUAACCUACCUAGCUUUGGAAGCGAAGGACAAGGGUUGAUUAUUUUACCUAGACUUAUACGUCAAUGCGUCAUGGCGACCUGUCGCAGCAGCAAAUCACUUGCAAAUGUAUGCUCCAUCUAAAAAAAGAGCGACCUGGAACGUCACACGCCAUCUUACGUUGGUGUUUCCGAGGAUUGACUGGAAUUCAAUACUGAACUACCUGCGUGACAAUAACUAAACUCGUUUAUUCAUCAUGGUAAAGGAUAUAGUCGUCGGUUUUUCUAAAAGACGAAUGUAGAACAACCUAUGACAGUACAUUUCCCAUAUAGAUCGGAUACAUAAGCUUGUGUGUGUGUAUAUGUGUAUAUGUAUAUAUAAACUACAGAUAAAAACCAGUUUUUUCUGAUUCUUCAAAGCCAAACAACGAGAGAAAAAACACAGGAUAUGUUGUCUUAAUGAAGGCACUCUGCAUCGUUCGAAAGAGAUUUUCAAUACGGCAGGACAUGCUGAAACAAAAAGUUUUGUCCAUCUUCAAUAGUCUUACUGUGAGAAACAGUGAAGAGAGCAGGACCCAGGGAAGGGAGCACAGACUAGGCAGUAUAAAUGAAUCAGACGAACCACCAACGUUAGAAGAAAUUCGGUCCUGGAACGACUCAUUCGACAAACUAAUGAAAAGUCAAGCAGGAAGAAGAGUAUUCAGGGAAUUCCUUAGAUCAGAAUACAGUGAAGAAAAUAUGCUAUUUUACUUGGCUUGUGAAGAUUUAAAGAAGGAAUCUAAUCCUGAACUUAUAGAAGAAAAAGCAAGAUUAAUAUAUGAAGAUUAUAUUUCCAUAUUAUCGCCCAAAGAGGUCAGCUUGGAUGCAAGGGUUCGAGAAAUAGUCAAUAGAAACAUGGUGGACCCUACUCCUAACACAUUUGACGAAGCACAGCUUCAGAUAUACACACUGAUGCACCGGGACUCUUAUCCUCGAUUUCUAAGUUCACAAAUAUACAAGCGGCUCUUACAACAGACACAGUCGUAGUGCAAUUAUAUCGUAAGGUAUAUUUUCUAGUGUGUUUGGGUUGUUUGCGCCCAAAUGCAGGUCUUUUUCUCUGGUCAUUGCCACCACCCUGUGCGCUUCGUCUAUGGCGGGUCUACAAGUAUUCAAGGCGGUGGACAUUGUGACCUCAAAGCCCAAGGAACCACUUGUCUGAAUGACGCCUGUUCCAUGAACAAAAGAGGAUUCAUAAAGCACGACCUAGGGCUGGAAACGCAGACAAACGAAAUUAGGAUGUCCAAUAUAUGGAAGAAAACUCAAUUUUUUCUUGUUUCUUUUUUUUCUGGACACAGACUUACGUUUCUACUUGAAGUUGUGAACGUGAUUCUCGCAUCAAUACUCAACAUUCUGCUAGGCAUGAAGGAAAGCGGAACUCUGUUUAGUAGUUUAUAUGUAUAAUGAUACUAAAUGCAUUCCUUUUCUCAAGUCCCACUUCUCCUGUCUGGUUGAAAGUUCGCCAAGGGGGGUGGGUGGUUCUCAUCCAAGAAUACACGGAAGUCGGAACAAAGCCCCUAUAUAUUAUUGUUUAGUAGGCCUAUCUAGCAUCUCGCAUACCAUACAGUAUAUACCACCAAACGUUUAAAACUUCGACAAAAGCGCACACAUUGCUGUUGAGAUGUAGCGUUAAUAUGUUAAUAUUUUUUGUAGUGAACAAUAGCACUCUGUAAUUAACAAGUUUCAAGGGAAAAAAUCACAAGAGAAAGUAUUCUGGUAUUUUGUAUUAUCGUGGAAAAAACUGGUUCGAUGGCGCCGCUGCUGAUUAGCACAAAAGCCACCUGUCCUUUCUUAUGCCACUCAGUUUUCGAUAACUUUCGUCAUCACAUCGUACAAAAAUGGAGCACAUAAUCACCACGUUGUUGUUCAGACAGAAUAUUUACCUCAUUAGCAUUUUCUAUUUCAUAAACUUUUAAAUGUUAUACAGUUUACUUCAUGCGAAACUCCGCCAUUUUCUUUCUUCUUUGUUGAGUCCGCACUUCACCGCAGGAACUUGCAAUAUACUGUUACCAAAAACAAUACGUGUGCAAUUUUAUUCCGUUAGGGUUAUGAAAGUACAGUUUGGUUACACGCAAGGUUAAUCCCAUCAAUACCAUAAGGAAAUAUAGAGCAAGUGGUAUAUUCUGAACAAAACCUUUACUCGAUUCAUAAACGAGUGGGAUGGAUAUCGACCGGCGUGCGUGCAAGAGGGAGACAUUAAACGACAACAGUACAAUUGAACAUUGGAGGUUUGCUUAACCGAACAGCCGUAGGGAAUGGCUUUACCUGUAGUUAAAGGAUAAAAUCUUUGUUGUCUUACUUAGUCGAUAUCGCAGAUUAAUUUGAGCAUGGUACCUAAGUAAGACAAAAAACGAGAGAAAAGGCCAUUGUGUAUUCUUCACCGCUAUUUGCCAAAGGAUUUGAUAGUCAUUGAAGAAUCUCUUCAUAGUUUAUUUUGAUACAAGAUCAAACAACCCACUAAAACCUAGUAUUACGUCUAUAAUUUAGAUGUUCUGUUUCUGUUUUUAUUUAAAGAUUUUAAGAAUGGUUUUAUUUUUAUUCAUAUGAGGUUUAAAUAUUAUCCAUUGCACUAAAUAAGGAGAAACGACGCGAGUAUCAAAACAGAAUUUAUUUCAUUUUGAGAUUAUUAAAAAAACUACUAUCAAAUCACUUUAGAUACUAGCAUGCCAAUUAUAAACCCUCCUCUUAUUGCAACGCAUACCGUAAGGUCAUCCCAGUCGCAUGGCAGGUUGAAUAGUUCAACUUCUACAGACUGCAUUUGCAGGGCCGUGUUAGCAUAUACAGAGCAAUAUAUCUCUCAGCGGGCGUCGAUUCCUCCAUAUUUUUCCACACACAGCGAGAUUUAACAUGAUAUAAGUAGCGCUUUCAGUUCUGAUAUCCAACCAGUAUCGAAGGGAAUAUAUGGAGGAAUGGUGUCAUUUCCUUAAACAUGUUGGUUUGAGGUGUGUGAUUAGCCAAGUAUAGACGUCACUUUUACAUUUCUUUACAUGUUUCAGUGUUGAUUAUUUUAGAAUAUUUAUUUCUUAUUUAACAUUAUUCACAUCAGAUGUAAAAGAACAACGUAUUCGCAUCUGGUGGUGAUGUUUUAAUUUAUUACUGCGACGAUGUUAUUCAUUAUGUGAAAUAAAAAAAAAUCUAGUGUAUAACUUUCCAUUGGGGUUACGUUGUUUGUUUGUUUGUAUGUAUAUAUGUUUUUACAUACAUAUUGUGUUUGUUAGAGUCACACUUUACCAGCAGUUGCGCUCGAACAGUUACAUAAUACCGGGAGGAGUUGAUAAUAUAAUAUGAUAUAGUAUUGGUUUUUACACCGAUAACCCUCGAUGAAAGACGUUCGUUCGUUUCGUCAAUAAGCUUACUUUAUAAUGAAUGGAUAGAAGUAGUAGUGGUAUAGAAAUGAAAGAGGCGUAUAAGG